AUGUCACUCGCUCGAAGUGGCGGCGCGUUGGCGUCGAUCACGCGGCUUGUACUGAUCCUCUCGGCAUGCACUCUUGCGCACGUAGCAGCCCAGAUCGACGUCUUGUCGGACCCUGAAAUUCCCGUUCUCCCGAGCUCCGUAGCGCCCACAGAAGCCCCCACCGCCGAGCCCAAAACUACGGAUCCCUUCGGUAUCGAGGCGAAACCCGCGCCUUCCGCCGAGCCCCUGCAACUUUCGAGCCUGGAUUCCAGCACCGCAGGGUCCCAAGAUGAAGUGGCGGCAGUGGUGACAGCUGCUGAUGUGUCCAUCGACCAGGUCGAGGAGCACCUCCACAUCGUGCAGCAGCUCGAGCUGUCGGUGGGCAAAAGUCUGCAGGACAUGGAGGCCGGCGACCAAUUCGCGCGGUACACGCAGGCCCAGAUCAGGGAGAGGCAGCGGCUCAAGGACGAGCUGCAGGCGGUGCGGAACAACCUCAAGAGACUCGCGCGGGGGCUCAACGGGACGCUGCUGGAGCUCGAACACGUGGAGCAGGAGGAGGUGCUGCAGUCCCAAAAGCUGAAGGAGGUGCUGGCCCACCAGGAGGAGGAGGAGCGAGAGCAGAAGCUCGAGAAGGACGGCAUCAAGGAGAUGGACUACGAGACGGGCCACCUCAAGAACACGACGGGGCUGAACGCCGAGCAGCUCAAGAAGCUGGAAGCCGUGGAGAAGAAGGCGGACCCCGCAGUGCUGCACUACGAUAUGGAGUUGCUGGCUCAAGUGGCGGUGCUGUUGGGUGUCUCGGCUAUUGGAGGGAUUAUCGCUACGUACUUCAACAUCCCGCCGCAUGCGGGGUACGUGCUGGGAGGAGCGCUCGUGGGUCCGUCGUGUCUGGGAGUUGUGAGGCUUUACAAGGAGGUGGAGACCAUCUCGCUGUUUGGUUCGGUGUUCUUGCUGUUUGGACAUGGCGCGGCGUAUUCCCCGCAGCAGCCGGAGGAUAUCUUCAGGAAGUACUUUGCUGGAGGUGUGGCGUAUAUCCUGUCGACGGUGCUGCUGGUUGCUGGGGUCGCAGUUUACAUUGGCUGGACGAAGUCGUUCGUCGAGGGAUUGAGUAUCGGCCUUGGCGUGUGCUUUUCCACCACUGCGCCACUGUAUGAACACAUUCGGGAAAAGAGGAUCCAAGACUCUUCCUUCGGUCGGACCGUAACAUCGAUUAUUGCGAUCCAGGACGUCCUGAUGAGCUUCGCCCUGGGCACGCCUGAGUGGUUUUCGGUGCGUUCAGUUGGCUGGAUCGGCGUGGCCAUGUUGCGUACGAUCGUGGCCUACGCUGUGGUCGUGAGCAUGACGGUGUGUCUACACCAGUACGUCGUGCCGAAGCUGCUACGCUUCUUGACAGCCAUGGAAGAGGUCCACAACGCUCCGCUCGUGCUACUGGGAGUGGUGUCUGUGUGCUUGUUCAUGGCGCUCUUCUCCGAGAUGAUUGGACUUUCACUGGAGUGUGGCGCCUUCCUGGCUGGUCUAGCCUUCGUCCAUGUAUCGGGCAACGCAAAGGGAGCGUUCAUGUCCAUCCGCGUGAUGGAAAACUUGUUCGGCAGCAUGUUCUUCGCUUGCGUUGGCAUGAUCCUCCACCCGAUGUUCCUGAUCCGCAACGCUGGCGAGAUCCUGUCGAUGGUGCUGCUGAUCGUGGCCAUCAAGACGAUAUCCAUGACCGGUGUGAUGACCUUCUUUCGUAUCAGUCCGCGCAAGGCGCUGAUGGCCGCUGUUGGUCUGUGCCAGAUCGGUGAGCUCGCUCUCAUUUUCAUGAUCAAGGCGCAUGCAUCCAAGCUCGUCUCACGCCGGACCUACCUGCUGUUCGUGGCUGCGAUCUCCGUCUUCCUCGCCUGCUCGUCCUUCUUCAACCGGAGGAUCGUGCUGGCGCGACGGAAGUCAAUCUAUCGCCUGCCGUCGUCGAUGCGAGGAAAGCCGAUGGAGCGGCAUCGGAAUUCCAGCGAUCUGCACGACAUUCGGAUCGAGACGCGACAGCACGCGAGCUCCAGUGGCGCCUACAUGGACUCAGAGGGGGAAGAGGACGCGUUCUCACCGACUUCUAGGAUGCGGCGCCAAACCUCGAAAGGAUUCGGCCAUUAA